AUGGCGUUCCUUCUAAAGAAAAUACUUUUAUUAUUAUUAUUGAAUUGGAUCAAUCAGGUCGCAUGCCAAGAUCAACCGUUCGCUUUAAAUUUUGAGGGCCCUCAGUUCCAAAACGGCGCAAUAACAGGGCGCAUCCAGGACCCAGUCCAGCAAUUCGAUCUCUCAGACUUUACCGUUAUCGAGGCACAACCCUUACCUUCUGGUAGCGGCAUCCCGAUAACUUCCUUUAAAUCAUCAUUACUCCGACCCUGCUCACCAAGCCACUAUAUAUCCCGUAUCUCCCCAACAUUCCAGGAUAACAUCAUCGACCGAGGCAAAACCGUUGGGGUCAAGAUAGCGCCAGGCCCCGAUGGACAGCCUCUGUUCCGAAGUUUCGAUUUGAACACUACUUGCUUAGCAUGUAUAUUCGUACCGGCCAUCACCCAAGGGCAGCCCUUACCACCUCCUCUCAGCGAUGACCCUCUUACGAAAGUUAUCGCACCUGCGAGUUGUGAUAUCACCAUUAUUGGCACCAAAUACUCGGCGCCCGGUUCAAACCAAAAAACUACCGUUACAUCUACCGUGAAAUUUACGGCCAGACCGGUUUUUGACAUUUCAGCCUCGACUACGCUUCAACCAACUGAUAUGGGAAAAUAUCAAUUUUCAGACCGCUGGACGGAUCUUGUUUCGAUUGAGUUCAGGAUCUCAAAUGCUAAAAUCGCGAUACCGGUCGGUUUGCCUUCGAGACUUGAGGCAUUGCUUGCAAGGGGUGCUAUUAUCGAUAGUCUCGCCAUUGAUAAUCUCGCUGGAACAAAGCAUCCAGGUUCUGGGGGUAUUCCGAUUCCUUGA